CGGGACUCAGAGUUUAGGGCGGGUCUAUCCUCCCCCCUCCCCCCCCAGCAGAUCAGUCUCCAGUCUCGAUGAUCUCUGAUGGAGCCGCGGAAGAGUCUCGUCUGCUUUUAUUUUGUGAUGCUUCUGGCUGCUUCAGAGGGACUGAAGACCAUCCUGAAGGUCGUGGGAGGAAACGUCACUCUGCCGGAUCCGGUUCCUGAAUCAGGAUUUCUGUUCCAAGAAAAAAAAAUCCUCGCUCAGGUGUUGGAGAAGAAACUGAACAUAUUUGAGGAAAUCUACAGAAACCGGAUUCUGUGGAAUCACACCUCUGGACUCUUAACGAUCACAGACCUGCAGAAGAGCGACUCUGGAGUUUAUAACAUCGACUCCAAAAAGGGAAAAGUUUUCACAGCAUCGUACAACCUGACAGUUUUUGACUCGCCGGCGCCCCCUGCUGUGUGGAGCCUGAACAGCAGCUCUGACAGCUGCUGGCUGCUGUGCUCUGUGGACAGUCUCAGCUCUCUGUCAUGGUUCAGAGGUCCGGAGGAGCUGGAGAGGAGGGACUCUGUGCUCUCUCUGAGGGUCUCCAUAUCCAGGGAGGAGCAGAACUCCUCCUUCAGAUGUGAGUCCUCCAACCCUGCAGGAGAAACCUCUGUGACUGUGGACGUGGAGACGCUCUGCUCUCCAUCUCAGCAGCGAAGACUCAGUCCAAUAUACGGCAAUACAGUUUCAGGACAGAAACAUGCAGGGAACUUCAUCUGACAUGCAGGAAGGCCCCCAUCUGGGCACGGUGUAUGACCUCCUGCAGAGUCACCGCAUGGACCUGACGGAACCGUCGGAUCUGGCCACGAUUUACAGCCAACCACAGAAACACCGUCUGGACCUGACGGAACCAUCGGAUCUGACCACGGUCUACAGCCAACCACAGAAACACCGUCUGGACCUGACGGAACCGUCGGAUCUGGCCACGGUCUACAGCUAACCACCCAAACACAAACCUGACGGAACCAUCGGAUCUGACCACGGUCUACAGCCAACCACAGAAACACCGCCUGGACCUGACGGAACCGUCGGAUCUGACCACGGUCUACAGCCAACCACAGAAACACCGUCUGGACCUGACGGAACCAUCGGAUCUGACCACGGUCUACAGCCAACCACAGAAACACCGCCUGGACCUGACGGAACCAUUGGAUCUGGCCACGGUCUACAACUAACCACAGAAACACCGGCUGGACCUGACGGAACCGUCGGAUCUGACCACGGUUUACAGCUAACCACAGAAACACCGCCUGGACCUGACGGAACCGUCGGAUCUGACCACGGUCUACAGCUAACCACCCAAACACAAACCUGACGGAACCGUCGGAUCUGACCACGGUCUACAGCCAACCACAGAAACACAAACCUGACGGACGCUGCAGAGUGAAACCUCAGCCUCAAAGUCCUGCUAACAUUUCAUUUUUCCUUCGGGUCUCAUGUGAAGAAUAUUUAUUGAAAAUGUCUCAGUGAACAUUUUCCUUUGUUUUGUUUCCAUUUGAAAUGCUGUAAAUGUUUGUUUAAUGUGUUUAAAAGCCCAGAUGGUUGAGAGGAAGCAGCUGUUAGCAGAAAAACAAACGUUUUCUGAGGGUUUUACUGUUAAACGUUCCGUUUCUGUUCUCGUGUUCUCCAGUCGUCCCUGAUUGGACGCUCUGUGUUGGUUCUGCUCGUUCAGACUCUGGUUCUGCUGCUUCCUCAAACCGUCAUGUGACGAAUGAAGGAUGGGGAACAUGAAGGUUCUGGUCCGAUUUGAAGGUGUCGCGGCAGAACUCUGUGUGAAGGACAGAAAGUAUGAAAAAUCUUCAGUGACGGUCAGACCGCAAACUUGAUGUAAACCAAAGCUUGAAAUCUCUGGACCAAAGAGGAAGGUGAGCAGAUCUGGACACAGAACCCCCAAGAACCUCCUCAAACAGAGACGGUGUGGACGGACCUCAACUGAACCUGAACCUCCAGAUGUUUGUGGUCUUUCAUCCCACCGUUAUACAGUUGUAAUUCUAUUUAUGAUCCAGAUUAUUUUAAUUCAUUUCAACAUUCACAUUGUUUUCAUUUAUUCUAGAGUUAAAAUGAUUUCAAUUCAUUCUCUAAUCCAGAUUAUUUCUAGUCAUGCUUUAGUCCAAAUUGUUUCAUAUUGUUUUAGAGUACAGAUUAUUUCAUUUUUUUAUAUAUAAUCCAGAUCACUUCAAUUCAUUCUAGAAUCCAGAUUAUUUCAGUUCCACAUGACCCUCCCCCUUCAGCCAAAUAUAUUCAAGUUUAUGUCUAAAAUCUCUGAAGAGUGGAGUCCAAAGCCUGUCAGAUAGACGUGAGCACGUCCAUCUAUCUCCAGACAGAUACACCACAGGAUCAUCUUAGUCGGGUAAUAUCGUCCCCUAGUGACUGAAUUAGGAACUGCAUGCAGUCUGCAUGUUCAGAUUUAGAGUUUUAUUAUUUCUAGUCUUCAGUAAUCUGGAGUAAACGUGUAGAGAUGAUCAGAGUUGGUGAAGAUCUGGUUCGCUCCUCUGGUUUUCACAAAGUUGGUAUGUUUGAGAGAAUGAGGACAAGUGAGUUUGAGUUUAACUUUUGAAAUGAUUAUUCCAUCAUUCUGACCGAGCGAGAUCACGAAGUGAACUCUGAUCUCAUCUGGACGAUGAAUCUUUAUUAAAAGAUGUUUUCCUCUCA